GUGAACAUGAAGUAGACUCGCUACCUCGUUGAAAAUGGAAGGAAAGAGGGUGUUUCCAUAUAAACUUCCCUCGUUUACUACACGAAGUGGAACGCACUUCAAAAGGGCAGCGGGGAUUCACCCAAGGGGAAGUGCUUAGGGAAGUUCGCGAGGGUCUGUCUAAAAGUGAAGUGGAACGCACCCCCGGUGCACUGGAAAUGCUGCGGGCGCCAUCUUCUGCCGAGACGCGGGAAUUCUUUCAGCGCGAGCAUCACAAUAGACGGCUAGCAGCUAGUCGUGGGUGUACACAUCGGUUGUACACUCGUUAUUAUGAUGCAUCAUGGGAUUGAAUGAAUGCACUCAAUAAUGUCCACUAUGGAUUCGGACACCACCAAAAAUGGAUGUCCCCUUAAACAGUGCACUAUAUUAGGGUAUAUAGGGGGCUAUAAUAGGGGGCUAUUUCGGACACAGCCAUGGUGCAGCAUUUGGAGGCUGCGCAAAAACGGUGCUAUAUGACGUUCUUGAAUGAACUACUUUAGUGGCUCUGUAUUGGACGGACGCAUAUGAAUAGCUGUGAGGUGAGGUAGCACAAACCGCAUUUAAAGUUCAAAUUUUGAACUGUACAAAAUGAAAUUUACUAUUCGUGAAGGCAAACCUGAAGACUGCAAAGAUAUAGAGCGCAUGAUUAUGGAAUUGGCCGUUUAUGAAAAAAUGCCCGACCAAGUUAAGAUAUCCCACAAAGAGUUGGAGAGAGAUGGAUUUAGAUCCAAUCCGUAUUACCAGUGUCUUGUAGCUGAGGUGCCCGAGGAGCAAAAAUCUAAAGAUGGAUACACCAAGGUAGGCUAUGCUCUGUUCUUCUAUACUUACAGCACAUGGAAAGGGAGGGUUGUGUAUAUGGAAGAUCUUUAUGUCAUGCCAGAGUACAGAGGGAAAGGCAUUGGGAAGGCUUUAAUGGCAACUGUUGCCAAAGUGGGUAAAGAGAAACAGUGUGUACGGUUGCAGCUCUCUGUACUGGACUGGAACAAACCUUCUCUGGACUUUUAUAUGGCUAAAGGUGCAGAGGAUCUUACAGCUAAGGAAGGCUGGCAUCAUAUCCGGUUUCAUGGAGAAGCUCUGGACAAUCUAGCCCAGGAGGCACCUUGAGGAACAUUUUACAGAUGUAGGAAUAAAACACUAUACAGUAGAAUACAAAGAAUUUGUGUUGGUUCAAACAAAUGUUGAUUCCAAUGUCAUUUUGCUGUUGUCCACCUUUUCAAACUGUUCAUUUUAGAAAAGUUAUCUUAAAAAUGCAUUUGAGAUAGUAUUUUGCAAAUACUCUCAUAUACCUCGACUUAUAUUUACAUUUAUGCAUUUGGCAGACGCUUUUAUCCAAAGUGACUUACAUUGCAUUAUACUAUACAUUUAUAUGUACAGUAUGUGCUUGAAAUUGUACAAUUGACUAAACUAGCAUACAAUUUUAGUUUUUAUUUUUAUAUACAAAAAUGAACAUUAAAAAUAGUAUAUGGCAAAUUUUGAGAAAUGUUUUAGUGGCCACUCAAUAGAAAUUAGUAGUGCCCCUAAUUGUUUGGGUACCAACAUUCCUCAAAAUAUCUUCUUUCGUGUUCUGCAAGAUCUUCAAUUAGUGUCAAAAAUAAUAUUGUUAGAGUUGUUCCUUUUGUUUUUUUUCUCAAACAAAAAUAAUUUAUUUUGGUUUCUCUGAUUCACCUAGAGAGUGAUUCUCUGUUUAUAUUCCCUGUUAGCCCUCAAUAGCCGUUUCAUUGACUAUAUCAAUUAUAUAACUAUAUCAGAAGAUCUCUAGAUAAUGGGAAAUAGCCUACCAAACCAUAUUGCAGACACAAAAUGAAGACAUAAAGUACAGUUUAAUGUAGGUUGCUGUAAGAUAAAAAAAAACUAUUUUUAUGAUUGGUAAUCUAUGCUUUGCUUUGCUUUGUUAAUUUGGACAGACACAGAAGAAAGUGGUGAUAUUACUGAAGACACAUGUAUUAAAAUGUAAUUUAGUUUAUUAGCAAGAAAACAAAUAUAAAUAAAACAAUAAUAAAAAAGUCUAACAAAAUAAAAUCUGUCAUUUUA